AUGGAGCUGCCCCCCAACCACCAUCAUGAUGUCCUCUGCAGCCUAGAGCCCAAGGUCAGAGACAAGCUCCAGCAGCAUGAGAAGCAUGAAAUUCAACAACUAAAAGACAGCUACAUGAGAAGCUUGCAGGAAUGGAAGAAGCACACUCUUCUGAACCUCAUGAAGACUGAGCAACACAAGCUCAAGCUCACUGACAAGGAGAUGAUGGAGAAUGAGUGGCAUGCUGGUGGAGACAAGAAGAUACUGUAUAUUCAUGCAAUUGAUGCCCUGGCCAAUUCCAGCUCCAAGUGUCAUGCAAUUCAACACAUCCUGCAGGGCAUGGGGAGAGACUAUUGUGGGCACCCAGAGAAGAUUAUUAUCCUGACAGAAUUCCCCUGUGUGGUUCACAUGCUUGAGCUGCAGAAGCAAGGCUACUGCAUUGCAGCAGUCUAUAGCAGUAUCCUGAUCAGCACCCUGGAGAUUCUAGGCAUAGGCUACACCUGUGUUUGUGCCUUCCAACUUAUCCUGCUGAGCCCAAGCUGGUUGGAGAGGGAUAAGACUCAAGACAAGGCAUGCAUCCACCACUACAGGCAGAUGAAUGAGGCCAUGUACAUCUACCACCUGGUGUGCAGAGAUGUCCAGGUCAAAAGCAACAUUCUUGACCAGCAGGCAAUGCAGAAGAGUUUCAAUAAACUAGCCAUGUUACUGCAGAGAGAGAUUAGUAUAGUUUCAGACAUUAUUGAUCUGGAUACAGUAUGA